CGCAGAGAACUAAACACGAGGCCAAUAUGGCGGCCGGACAAACGUCUGGUAGUAAGAACCUAAACGAUUUUGAAUCUGUUUUAGAACUCGUCCAUCGACAAGCAAAUAAAUUUUUCACAGGAAUGUAAGUAACUCAUAGAGAACCGAUCAACUGUUCGAUUAGAGCAUAAAGCACCCUUCCUGUCGUCUUUGUUUAGGUUGUCGAGACAGUAGUCUCUACUCACCACCUCUAGUAUCUAUUUGGAAAUCUUAUUGCAGAUCUACUAUGAAGCGUUCUAUCACAAAUGAUGCAAUCUCAUUGGCUAUGCUACUCGUUAUUCAUUUAACAAAUAUAUUUUAUGUUACCCGUGAGCUAAUGUUCAGUUAUCACAGAUGUUGUCAAAAUGUGGUCAGAACAAAAACGUAACACACGAGGUGCUGCCUCCUAGUUUUAUCUGUAUCCUCUGUGAUCAGUUACUGAACAGACCCUCAGUAACAUGGGAUCUAUUGGUUUUGCAUGGUAAAAAAGCAGAGUGUUCUUACUGGUGAUGCCAUCUAUGCAUCUGUCCUCAAGUAGAGAAUAAGUAAGAACUAAUCAGAAAAGCAUGUAUAGUUCAGCUUAUAAUAUAAUCUGUGAUAGAUAUUUACUAGCCUUGGGGUAUGUGAUUGUGAACAAAGUACGAUUAAAACAUAGGCUAGCUGUCUUGUUGUUAAGUUUCCAAUGAAAAACCAUUAGAUUAUUUGCUCCCAAUUUUUGCCUCUUCCACUAUCAUGUGAUAGGAAUUGCAGGCUCAUGAUCUAAUUAUAAAAUAGAUCUGCUCUUAGUUUCAUACCCCUUAUUUGUUAACAUAUUUGUAAUGUUUACAAAUAUAUUGUGUUCAUUUUCAGGCAAGUGAGGUCUGGUAUGUCAUAUUCGAUAGAAGAUGCGAAAAGUGAGUAAAAAGUAUUUGUAAAGAAAUAGGCAGAAAUAGUCAGUGAAGUCAUUUUGAAUUUACAUGAAACUCUACUGUUGUACAUAUGAUCUGUUUACAACCCUACCCUUUUUGUAUUUAAGUAACUGACCUCUUUACCCUUGUAGUUAAUUGACCUUCAUGGUAUAGCAAUCAUUUGUGAAAUCAAGACAGAAUUCAUGCAUCAAUAUCAGUAUCUGGGCAACUGCCCACCUACCCCUCCCCUAACCCAACAUUAACCCUAACUUGUUAUCAAUUGACUGUUGUAGAGUUAGGGGAGGGGUAGGUGGACAGUUGCCCAGAUACUGAUAUUGAUCUGAAUUCACUUUACCUGUUUGCCUUUUAGAUUGACAAUCAGCUAAUUUCUCUUUACAGUAUUCCCACUACAUCUAACUUUAGGGUCACAAGAAUAAAGUAAAGGAUUGUCAAAGAAAGAAAGAAGCAGUGAAUUUUUUGGACAAAUUCUGCUUGUCAGCACCAUAAGGAAUGUAUGGAGAUCAGCAUGGGGGACAUGCUUUGUAGGGAAGAUAACUGAUCUGUUUUAACUCUACACCCCAACAUCAGUAUGCAUAUUCUCCAUACUUUUCUCUAUACAUUUCCUAUGGUAGUGACAAGGAGAAUUUGUUUAACAAUCAGGAGCUUCUUUGGUUAGUGAUCAUUUCCUUUUUUCUCAUGACCUUCAUGGCCAAUUCAGGGAUGCAGGUAAUUUAGUGUUAACAACUGGGUUGAAAACGUAAAUUAGCCAUCGUAAAGGGUAAAAAAGCUGACGUUUCGAGCGUUAACCCUUUGUCAAUCGCUCUGACAAAGGGCUAACGCUCGAAAUGUCAGCUUUUUUAUCCUUUAUGGUGGCUAAUUUACGUUUUCAACCCAGUUGUUAACACUAAAUUACCUGCUAUACUCUCCCACCGACGCAGCACCACAGUUUCUUUAGAAACCUACCCCUUUAUUCAAUUCAGGGAUGAUAUGGUAAGGAUAAAUUAGAUUCUAGUCACUCUUAAAAUACCAAAUGUUAAUCAUAAAGUUCUUGCUUUUUCAAUCAAUCACGAACCAGCGGAUUUAGAUGGCUUGUCAAAGCUCACCGACACCUUACAUGAGAAGCUUCUAUCAUCAGGUGUCAAUGCCAUCCCAUUAGACUCUGAAAUGUUACAAUUGGAUUAUCAAGCAACAGUUAGAAAAGGACAAGAGGAAGCUGACCUCAACAGGAUUACGUUACAGAGGGUGCAAACAAACUGCGCUGCAUUGAAUAAAGCAAUGAAUAUACCAAGGAAGUCAUAAUUUAGCCAAAUGUUGCCAUAAACUUGAGGAUUGUUUUGAUGCAUCAACAAAAGGGUUUUCUCAAAUCUUAGACCUUUUCACUUUCAAGAUCUUGACAGUACUUCUCCUUACUGUCUGCCAAGCAUUUCUUACAAUUUUAGCAAUGAGAAUUUAAAUUAAAUAAUAUCCCUUGGUUGAUGUUUUAUUAGAUUCUCAUUGCCUGCCUGCUUGACAGUGGCUUGGCAUUGUACAGAGAAUUGACCUCUUGGCUGCUACUAAAAGGUUUAUGUAGGUAGAUGUUUCUGAAAUAAAGAGGGUAUUCAUCUCUAUCCUCUUGUAUGCUGCAUUCCAAGUUUAUAACUGAGGCGACUGGCCUUUGUAAAAUUAUUGAGAAUGACAUGUAAAUUUUGUUGACGAAUGACUCUCAAGUACUCAUGGGUAAGUGCUUUUCAGAGUUCAUCACCCUCUGCUAUUCAGGACAGUAACUUACAGUGUUCUUCCGAGACUUCUUUUGUAGCCAGCCAUAAAUUAGGCAACUUAACCCUUUAACUCCCAGAUCAAAUUUGUAAUAUUCCUAACUGUCAACCAUACAAUUCUUAUAAUGUUAGUUUAGAGAAUUUAGUAUUGGAUCAACUCAUCUCCAAUUGAUUUUUUUCUUUAUUUUCAUCACUUAUCUAGUUGAUAUUGUAUUGAUAUUGUAAGGAGAAAUUCUGUCACUCGUGGGAGUUAAAGGGUUAAGUAAGUAAAGUAAAGAAAAAGAUAAGUGUUUUACUAACAGUAACUGCUUUGUCAAAUUAAAGAAUUUCAGAAUUGAGUUGCUGGUGUUAUGAAACAUUCCAUCAACUGGGGGUGGGGGGCUAGGCAGCCACCAGUGCUUCUGGAGAACCUUGAAGUGAGCCAAUGGUCUGGGAAUAGGCACCAGAUUUAAUAGUGCAGUGGAAAUUGGGUGCAUUAGGUGUCAAUUGUUUUCAAUGGAAGUUAUGUCUGAUUCACAAAGAUGUGACAUAAGUCCAAGUUUAACUAAUUCAAUCUGAUGGGAUGGGUACCCAUUACAGAUGUCUGUCAGAAAGAGUGAUGGGAGUACUCUUCUCGCUAAUACAACAUGUAGAUGUGCACAAUACUGGCUAAAACUCCUAAGACAAGGUCACCAAAGGACUUACAUGUACUUAAAUCUUAGAGUGUUCAAAAUCCACUCCUUGCUUUCCUGUUCAUUGUGUGGGGGAAGGGGAGGGUGGAGAUCUCUGUGUCAUUAUAAUUUAUUGAUUUUGAACCUCUCUUGCUCAAGUUUCCUAUGCAUUUUGUCCAAGAUUGUGGUACAUUAUUGUUUAUUAUUUUGUGUAUUACAUAAACCCUUCAACUCCCAGAAGUGAUUAACAUCUAACUUCUCCCUGCAAUAUCCAUACAUUAUCCAGCAAACAGGUACUGAGAAUACUCC